AGUGAUAAAAAGUCCCAAACCAUGACCAUGACUGAUGAAGCGGUAACCGGCGGGCGGUUUCGUUGCCCUUUAUAAACUGUUCGGCUCCCUCUCCAUUCGCAUACCCAACCAAGAAGACGAUUGAGUUCACCAUCCAAUCCCAGUUCCAAAUCCCCUCCUUUCUGAAUCCGACCUGCAUUUGCAUCCCAUUCCCACCGAAGAAAGAUGCACAAGACCUCGUCGCUGUCGGAGCUGGGCUUUGACGCCGGCGACGCCUCGUCGGGCUUCUUCCGCGCGGUGGCCGACGGCUGCCCGCUGACGCCCACCUCCUCCUCCGCCCCGCACCGCCGCCUCACCAAGGUCUCCGUCAUCGGCGCGGGCAACGUGGGCAUGGCCAUCGCGCAGACCAUCCUCACCCAGAACCUGGCGGACGAGAUCGCGCUCGUGGACGCCCUCCCCGACAAGCUCCGCGGCGAGGCGCUCGACCUGCAGCACGCCGCCGCCUUCCUCCCGCGCGUCCGCAUCGUCUCCGGCACCGACGCCGCCGUCACCAGGAACUCGGACCUCGUCGUCGUCACGGCCGGCGCCAGGCAGAUCCCCGGGGAGACGAGGCUCAACCUGCUGCAGAGGAACGUGGCGCUGUACCGGAAGAUCGUGCCGCCCGUGGCCGAGCACUCACCGGAUGCGCUGCUGCUCGUCGUGUCCAACCCUGUCGACGUCCUCACCUACGUGACCUGGAAGCUGUCGGGGUUCCCGGCCAGCCGCGUGAUCGGCUCCGGCACCAACCUCGACUCGUCCAGGUUCCGGUUCCUCGUCGCGGAGCACCUCGACGUCAGCGCGCAGGACGUGCAGGCGUACAUGGUGGGUGAGCACGGCGACAGCUCGGUGGCGAUCUGGUCGAGCAUCAGCGUGGGCGGCAUGCCGGCGCUCAAGUCGCUGCGCGACAGCCACCGGAGCUUCGACGAGGCGGCGCUGGAGGGCAUCCGGCGGGCCGUGGUGGGGGGCGCCUACGAGGUGAUCGGCCUCAAGGGCUACACCUCCUGGGCAAUCGGCUACUCCGUCGCCAGCCUCGCGGCGUCCCUGCUCCGCGACCAGCGCCGUGUGCACCCGGUGUCCGUGCUCGCCGCGGGCUUCCACGGCAUCUCCGACGGCCACGAGGUGUUCCUCAGCCUGCCCGCCCGGCUCGGCCGCGCCGGCGUCCUCGGCGUCGCCGAGAUGGACCUCACGGAGGCCGAGGCCGCGCAGCUCCGCCGCUCCGCCAAGACGCUCUGGGAGAACUGCCAGCUCCUUGGCCUAUGAGGAACCUACUUUAUCUACUUAUAUUGUGAUCCUUAUUCCUAAGGCAUCUACAAGAACUCUACUGUCAUAUAUAUGUUGCUCUAUCGAUGCUGCCACACGAAUGCUUGUGUAAUUUUGGACUGAUGGUAUUACUUUGGUGAAA